AUGUAAUUGAAGUUGAUAACAUCAUUUUCAUAACCAAAUUUAAAUAUUGAUUAGAGAUUUUUUAAUUAAGAUAAAGCUAUACCAAGCAUAAUAGUAAAUAUCAUGAAAUAAUAAAAAAACAACCUCUCAGAGCAUAAGCUUGCAUAACCUGUUAGGAGGCUUGUAAAAAAGAAUUUAUUAAAUAUUUAUCUUAGUGUUGCAAUAUUAUUUUAGUCAUAAUUCUAUUUGAGCUCAUACAUCAUAGUACUUGUAAGAAAUCCAAAUUAGCUUCCAAAAAAUAAAGAUAGAAUAGCUCCUUCUUCAUAUUUUACAUAGAUAACUAUGCUAAAAAGAGAAUGGAUGUAAAUUAAGCCCAAUUUUAGAAAAUAAGUCAGUGAGCUUAUAAGUAAGUCUUAUUUUUCUUGA